AUGGGUGGAUCCGCUUCGUCUCGCCACAGAACAACACAGCCUUCUCAAUCUUCUCCGACAUCUGAAAAUAAUUCCAGCUCGACAAAAUGCUGGAAUUUCAGAUCGACAACAAAUUCCGAGAAGAUGAAGCGGCCCAGGAAAUUGCCGAGAUUGAAAUUGAAGUGAGUGGGGGGGGUACUGUAGAGGGAGUACUGUAGAUUUUUUGGCGGGAAAAUUUGAAAUUCUAACAAAUUAAAAAAAAAAAGAAAAUUUUCAAAUCUCGUGCCAAAUUUUUAUAGCUAUACUGUAGUUUGGGUACUGUAGUUUUUCGCGCGAAAAUUUACCUUUCAAAAAAGAUUUUUUUGGCGGGAAAUUUUGACGGUAGGGGGUAUAAGCCUAGACUUUGAGGUACUGUAGAAAAAAAAAUGAAAAAAAAGUUGGUAGAUCAAACGCCCUUCAUUUUUACAGUACCCACCAAAUGCGCCGGCGUGAGGACACAUUUGUGUGGGAAGAAAUUCCGACACCGGUCUACGAUCAUCGCGAAACCAUCCAAUCGGAAGUCUCAAACUCGCCACCACCGCCGCCAACACAGGAGAGGUUGAUGCAGGUACUGUAGGGGAUACUGUAGAUUUGGGGAAGGGGGGGGUACUGUAGACGAUGGAGGUACUGUAGGGGUACUGUAGAUUGGGGUGUGGGGGGGGGGUACUGUAGUUCUUGCUUGAGAUAAAUACGGUUAUUUUUCAAAUCGACAUUUCGAGAGAUUACUGUAGAUUCUUCGGGGUACUGUAGUUUUGGAUUGGGAUAAUUUGAUCUACAAAUUUUUCAGGGGUACUGUAGUUUGUGUUUGGGAAAAUUACGGUUAUUUUUCAAAUCUCGACAUUCCGAGAGAUUACUGUAGAUUCUUGCGGGGUACUGUAGUUUUGGAUUGGGAAAAUUUGAUCUACAAAUUUUUCAGGGGUACUGUAGUUUUCGGGAACCCACGUGGAAUUCAUUUUCAGACGAAUUUUCGGACUGAAAUCCACGUGGCAAAAUGUUUGAAUUCUGAAAUUUUGAAGCCAGAAAUUCCACGUGGCAAUUUUUUUUCACAAAUUUGAAUUCUAACCACAUUUUUGAGCCCCCGUUCUCGAAAAUGUGCAAAAAUAGUGUCAAAAACUCGUUUUUUUCGCUCCUCUUAUCAGAAAAGCGUUUUUUUUUCGUGGGUUUUGCGUCACAGGCAGUUGGAAAAUCGACGAAACAGCCAUUUUUUUCGGCAUUCAGCUCAAUUUUUUCUCGUUUGGUUCGAAAAAGCGACGGCGGGUCGAAAAUAUGGGUGAACUUUAUAAAGGAGCGUUGAUAAGAAUUGAACAUAAAUUUGAGCACGCCCGCUAGGUGGUUUUCUAGGCUGUGGCCUAGAAUUUAUUUUUGGAUUUCUAGGCCACCAACAUACGGAAUUUUCCCAACACGACCAUAGAAGGCACCCGUUGAGUCAGACGCGAGACGACGAGAGUAUUUUGCAAAAAUGAAUUUCGCUUCGAGAUAUUUUCAAUAAAACAUGUUGUGUUCCUUGAAACAAAAUACGGUAGUUUUUCAAAGGGACACAUAUUUUCUCAAUAAUAUCUCGAAGCGAUGUCUUUCUCUGUCCUAGAUGACGUCAUCAGACUCUCGUCGUCUCUUGUCUGACACGAGGGGCAAUUGGAGUAAAUGGUCGUGCCAAAUUUUCAACAAAAAAGUUGUUAGUUCCCUAUCGAAACAGGACCUUUUGAUCAGAACUGAAAAUUUUCCGCGAAACAUUGAUUUUUUAAAAUUUGUAGAUCAAAUUUGAUCUACAAAUUAUAAAAAUCAAAAAAAAAUUUUUUUAAAUCAUUUUUUUCAAUUUAAAAAUCAUCUUCAAUUUUUCACGCAAAAUUUUCAAUUUUCUCAAAUUUUCUGAUCAAAAAGUCCUGGUUCGAUUCCCAGUGGGAACUAACAACUUUUUUUGCUGAAUAUCUCCCAACUUCCCACGACCAUUUACUCCAAUAGAAAAUUGUCCUUCGGGUCAGACGAGAGACAACGAAAGUCUGAUGACGUCAUCUGAGACAGAAAGACAUCGCUUCGAGAUAUUUUUGAGAAAAUAUAUGUCCCUUUGAAAAAAUACCGUAUUUUGUUUCAAGGAACACAGGUUUUAUUAAAAAUAUCUCGAAGCGAAAUUAAUUUUCGGGAUAUUUUUGCAAAAUACUCUCGUCGUCUCGCGUCUGACUCAACGGGCGCCUUCUAUGGUCGUGUUCCUCAUCCUAUGCCAUUUUCACGUCCUAUUAUCAAUUUCAUGACGUGACAUUUUUUUGCUGUCAUCUCCGGGCAUGUGAAAGAACUCGCGAGCGUGAAUAAAUAAACAAACAAAUAAAUAUCAUUUCAAUCAAUGAUAACACAAGUUUGUUCACGUUUUCACAUUUUUUGUUAAGAACAUGACAAAUCACGUCAUUUUUUUUGGCAAGUUUUUUGGGUUUAACAUGAGUCAUGGUUUUUGGAACGAGCAAAAAUUUGAGAAAAUUGAAAAUUUUAAAAAUUCGAUGUUUCGCGGAAAAUUUUCAGUUCUGAUCAAAAGGUCCUGGUUCGAUUCCCAGUGGGAACUAACAACUUUUUUUUGAAAAUGUGGGAAAUUUCCGUAUGUUGGCGGCCUAGUUUUUCAUGAAUUUUCUCAAAUUUUCUGUGCUGGUUCGAAUCCCGAUGGGAACUACUCUUUUUUUUUUUUUUGAACGCCAAAAUUUUUUUGGCGCCAAAACCCUCGCAUCAUUUCCGAACACAAAAAUUCCUCGCUUAUCAAAUUUGUUUCCACACUCGACUAUAAAUAAAUUACAAUGUUCGUAUUUCCUUUGUCUUCAUUUUCAUUUUCAAAAAAAACCCAUAAAAGAAGCUCCGCCCACUUUUUUGUGCCGCAAAAAGUGCUCUUAUCAAUCAGGCCCCCAAAAAAUGUACCCGGUUUUAUGGCUCUUUCGGGUUUGAUAUUAUAUUAUCACACUUUUCGCUAGCUACCUUUUUGAAAAAAAUUUUUUUCGCGCCAAAAACCUACCUACAGUACCCCCUAUAUUACAGUAUGACAACAUUUCCAAUGUUUUUCGAAAAACUACUCGACUAUUUGCAGACACGUAAUUUUUCCAAACAUCAUCGCACACAAGUAAGCCUAGACUAUAGUUUCUCUACCGGGGAAACUAACUAGACUAGACUAUAGUUUUCUAUAGUACCAGUGCAAAAAUCGAUAAUUUUGCAGAUAAUCAGUUGCUUCCCGUAUCCGUCGCCGCGGAAUUCGCCGAAAUUGGGAGCGGAAAAAUCGCAGAACGAAAUUUUGCAACAACAAUUGCAGAAUGAGCAGGAGCGGAGGGCAUUUUGCGAUGCUUUUGGAAAAUUGGUACAGGUUAGUUGCUCUGCGUCUCUAGCUACUCUGGUUGUCUGGGUUUUUUCUCUGCAUCUCUAUCAACUCUGGUUGUCUAUAGCCUUUUUCUCUGCGUCUCUAGAUUUCUUUUAUAUUCCCUCCGUCUCUAACGACUCAAGUUGUCUGCGUCUCUAACUAUCUACUCUGGUUGUCUAGAGCUAUUCUUCUCUGCGUCUCUAACAGCUCUGAUCUUUUCGUCUCUAUCUCCCUAGUUGUCUGGUUUCUCUCAUUAUACCUUACUAUUUAUAUUUUUCUCUGAUUCUCUGACCUUCUCGUGAGAUGCUUCUCUGCGUCUCUUCAGUUUUCUACUUAUUUUUAUGAGCUACACGACCAAGGCGCCCGUUGAGUCAGACGCGAGAAGACGAGAGUAUUUUGCAAAAAUAUCCCGAAAAUUAAUUUCGCUUCGAGAUAUUUACAAUAAAACAUGUUGUGUUCCUUGAUACAAAAUACGGUAUUUUUUCAAAGGGACACAUUUUUUUCUCAAAAAUAUCUCGAAGCGAUCUGUCUUAGAUGACGUCAUCAGACUCUCGUCGUCUCUUGUCUGACCCGAGGGGCAAUUGGAGUAAAUGGUCGUGGCUACUAGAAACACGUCAGUGUGUACCUUUGCUUGCGCAUUUGUCGUAGCUUUUUUUUCAACAGAAAUUUUGCAUGUCACAAAAUAUACAUUUUCGUAAUUUUGCUCAAACUUUCUUUUGUCUAGCCCGUCCUAAUUCUCUCUGCGUCUCUCGCUCUCUAAUCUCGUACCGCCCAUCUUCUUAAGAGCAAGAGUAGUUCUCGAGACUGAUAGCAUUAAAAUUAGUUAUUAUCUACCUGCCUAACCCUAAUGCCACACCGACAUUUGCAUCACCUCCAAACAUCGCACGGAAUGUUGUCGAAGAUGGCGUCGAUCGAUAUUUGUAGUCUAGAUGAUCCUGAUGAAUCGUCCGAUGUUCUACUCGAUGAUCAUCAUCAUCAAACUUCAAAUAGUUCUAGUAGAUACACUACGCUGAUUCGAAAACGUCCGAAAUUGGCGGACUGCUGGCAUUCGAAGUACCAUGAAGCGAGUUUCGAUUUGGGACGAAGGUUGGGAAUCGGAAGACGGACUCAAUCGUGUUUUGUUGAUGAUACGUGUCCGAUUGAUCUGGAUGCGGUUGGAUUUGGUGCUAAUGGGGUAUGAUGUCUAUGCUCUUUAGCUUUCUCCACUUCUCUGGGGCUCUCCAACAUGACUGUACUCUCUAAUCUCCUCUACAAAGCUAGAGAUCUUCCAAUGUAUGUCACUUCUAGAGAGCCUCUAGCUGUCUGGGGCUCUGACUUACUAUAUAUUCUCUCUAGUUUUCUCUAGCUCUCUGAAGUCUCUUAACGAUUGUUACACGACCAUUUACUCCAAUAGAAAAUUGCCCCUCGGGUCAGACGAGAGACGACGGGAGUCUGAUGACGUCAUCUAAGACAGAGAAAGACAUCGCUUCGAGAUAUUUUUGAGAAAAUAUGUGUCCCUUUGAAAAAAUACCGUAUUUUGUUUCAAGGAACACAUGCUUUAUUGAAAAUAUCUCGAAGCGAAAUUCAUUUUCGGGAUAUUUUCGCAAAAUACUCUCGUCGUCUCGCGUCUGACUCAACGGGCGCCUUGUAUUGUCGUGGUCUAUUUUGUCUAUGCUCUUUAGCUUACUCCACUUCUCUGGGGCUCUCCAAACUGUCUGUGCUCUCUAACUUCCUCUACAAAGCUGGGGAUCUUCCAAUGUAUGUGAAUUCUAGAGAGCCUCUAGCUGUCUGGGGCUCUGAUUUGUAUAUUCUCUCUAGCUUACUCUAGCUCUCUGGAGUCUCUUGAAGAUUGUUUGUUCUCUAGCUGUCUAGAUCUAUGAUUGUUCUGUGCUCUCUAGCGUUCUCUGGUUGUCUGGGGCCGGAAUUUGUCUAGCUGUCUAGAAUUGUCUGCGAUCUCUAGCUAGAGAGCAUCUAGAGACCCAGAGUUUCUCUAAAUCUCCCGCCCGCGUUGCUUUUUCUCUUCAAAAUCAAAAACCAAACAAAAAUAUUUUCUAUCAAUACAUUUAUUUUUGAUUUACACUCAAAAAACAUAUACAUUUCUGUUUUAUCUUGUAAACUUUGGAUUUUUUGAACUCGCCAUACCCCAUGAUUUUUCCCGUCAUGUGCUUGUACGAAAAAAGUGAAACGAAAACUAAAAUAGCGAAAUUUUUAGAUGAUUUUUAAUCCGAUUUAGUGUGUGUAUAACAUAGCGAUCGAUUUUUCUGUCGUUAUCAGAGUGCUACACAAAAAAAAAUUCGCCCCUAAAAACGUGACGCAAAUCAGGGGGAAUCAUGUUUUUUAGAGGGGCACAUGCAAUAGAGAAAAUAGAAAAAGACGAAAUGUUGCAGGUUUCGGUCGAAACGAUGGCCAUCACCGCUUUGCCGAUGGAUGUUUGGUUGAAGGAGCGAUUGAAGAAAUGGGUUCAGUUGUCUGGACAUGAAGGUGAGAGAUGCAGAGAAGCUAGAGGGGGUUAGAGACGGAUAGGGUUUGGUAGAAGAAUGCUAGAUGACCAGGGAGAGAGAUUAGACAACUAGAGAAUGUACCAAAAUGAGAGGCUAGACGACUAGAGACAGCGUUUGAAGAGACGUAGAGAAAAUACGAAAAUGUGUGCGUGAAAUUAGUCACGUGACCUAUAUGACGUGAAAACUUCAUUCGAAUUUUCAAAAAUUCGCAUUUUACACGUGACCCACGUGUUUUUGAUCUUGACAAAAUAAAAUGCGCCAGUGAGCUUCACCUUGACGCCGUUUUUUUUGUUGCAGGCAGCAUAGUUCCCGCCACACCACACACGCUCUACAAAAAACAAUGCGCCAAUUGUGGCGAGGGCAGAGCCUACAAAAAUAUUGCACGCGAUCCGGCUUUGCAAGGAAUGACACCGAAGUACUAUGACGAGUUGGAGAAGAAUGAUGAACGUGAGUUUUUCGGGAAGACUGGGAAGGACCUUAGGAAUCUUAAGGAGAUUUUUAAGGUCACCUAAAGUUUUAAGACGAUCUAAGAUACCUUACAACUAUAAAAAUGACACUAGGAAGCCUAAAAACCACCCUGGAAUCUCUAGAAUCCACCGUGAAUAGCUCUAAACCUUUUCAGACUUUAUCGAAAUCGAAGAUCUCCUUCAACAAUUCGCUGAUCCGACAAAAGCCGCAAUCAUGGAUAUCAAAAUCGGAACUCGGACGUUUCUAGAAUCCGAAGUAUCAAACUCAAAACAGCGUGCAGAUCUAUACCAAAAAAUGGUGGCUAUCGAUGCGGAUGAACCGACGGAAGAGGAGCGGAAGAAUGAGGCGAUCACCAAAUUGAGAUAUAUGCAAUUCCGCGAGCGGGAAAGCAGCACUGCUCAAUUGGGAUUUCGAAUUGAGGCGGCAAAGGUGAAUAUUUGGGGGGAAAUUGGCGGGAAACAUGCAUUUUCGCUGAAAUUUCAUUAAAGUCUCGAAUGCGCGGCUCAAAAAAACUAAAAAUCACGUUUUUCAUGAAAAAUUGCAUCAUUUUUCGAUUUUACAACACAAAAAUGCCGAAAACUUGGCAAAACAUGCUGAAAUUUCAUUAAUUUCUCGAUUUCGCAGCUCAAAAAUGAUAAAAAAUAUGUAUUUCAUAAAAAUAGCCCUAUUUUUUUCAUUUCGCCCUCAAAUAAUUAUGAAAAACAAAAAAAUUUCGAAAAAACCAACAAAAACAUGAUUUUCCUCUGUAAUUGUAUUAUUUCUACAUUUUUCGCAUUAAGAAAACCCCCAAAAACCUCUAAUUUCUACUGUCAAACGUUUAAACUUCCAAAAAACCCUAAAAAAAAUACGUGCGCGUCAAAUAAAAUGCCCGCUGUGUGCGCUGGUGUUUACACAAAAACGCCACUCGCUACAGUACCUCUCAUUAGUUUUUUUCAAAUUUUCAGCGCUUCGAAGGUUCUUUGGAGAAGAAUUUCAAAAAAGUGCGCACCAUCGAGGAUGUCGCCACCACAUUCAUCGAUUUCUUUGGUGAUCAAAGAAAUCGGGUGCGAAAACAGUUGGCGGAAAGACUGAAGGAGAUUCGGAAGGCGAUUGAGACUUCCACGUUUUUUGCCACGCAUGAGGUAGGUGUUUUGGGCGGGAAAUUUGAUGUUUUUCAUGAAAAAUCGGGGGUUUCUGCAAGUUUUCGUCGUUUUUGCUGUAAAAAUUGAUUAAGACACUGAAAAUGACGCACAAUCGCAGAAAAACCUGUUUUUGUGCAUUUUUGCGUAAUUUUCAGUGUUUAUAUUGAUUCCAACACUAGAAUAUACGAAAAAAUACAGACAAUUCCUAAUUCUCACAAAACACAGUAGUUUUCUGCAUUUUUGCGUCAUUUUUAGUGUAAAAAUUGAUUUAACACUGAAAAUGACGUAAAAAUACAGAUUUCAUAUGAAAAUAAUCGAAAAAAUCAAAUUUUAUAUGGAAAAUGUUCAGAAAACAGUGAAAAGUUUCAAAUUUGAUACCAAAAUGCGCAAAAAUUCAUGAAAAAUCCAAUUUUCCCAAUUUCCAGGUUGUCGGAAGCAGUAUUCUGAUAGUUUUCGACCACGAAAAAAGUCGGCUGUUGGAUGAUUGAUUUCGCCAAAAGUUCACCGGUUCCAAACGGCAAACAAUUAACACAUCGAACUCCGUGGAUUCCCGGAAAUAAUGAGGAUGGAUAUUUGAUUGGAAUCGAUAAUUUGUUGAAUGUGAGUGAAAUUUUUGAAAAUUUGGUGGAAAAUUGAUAAUUUUGGGAUAAAAUUGAGGUUUUUUUGUAAAAAAAAAAAGUUGAAUUCACAAAAAUUCUCGAAUUUUUGCAGGUUCUUGACAAUCUUCCCGCUUACGGUGACCAUCCAGAUGAUCAACUUUUGGUGACCGAAGAAGUUGUGGCCAGACUCGCCAAAAAAUCACAUUCCUAG